ACAAAGACAACCGCGCUCGCGAGUGGUUAACGCACAAGAUCGUCUCCUUUUUUUUUUUUUUUACCAUAUUUUUUGACUGUUCCCCAAGGAUAAAGGAUAAAAACUUUGCCCCAGUGAAAAGUGCUGUUCGAAAACAAAAUGUGGCUAUACCUUGUGAUCUCCUUAAUCCUGGCCGGGUCCGAAGAGUCCAACGCCUUCUGGUGGCCGAAGGCAACGAGUGAAACGAGGCAGCCGAGCGGAGGUCCGAUGCUCCAGCAGAUCCCGCUCACCUACUUCCGGACGUACACCUACCAGCCGCUGGCGCCCGGCUUCUUUGGCUUCGGGGCACCGCAGACUCCCCUGCUGCCGGCAGCCGCUGGCCAGUUCGAUCCGUAUGCGGUGACCAGCUACGCGGCCGCCCGGCGCCACGACUCCGUUUCCAGGCCGGAGGUGACGCCGCCGGCGGGCGGAGGGUUCCACGGAGCAGCAGCGCCCGGCACGAGCAGCUCGACCAGCACCACGGCGGCUCCGACGACCACGACAACCACCACGACGACCACGACGACGCCGGCUCCGACCACGACGAGCACCAGCACCACGACCAGUACCAGCACCACCACCACCAGCACUCCGCCCCCGCCGCCGCCUCCCCCCGCCGCCCAGGCCUCCGCCGGUGGCGGCGGCGGCUUCUCGGAGGGCAGCACCUCCAGCCUGAUGCGCUUCGGCGAGUUCCCCGCCUACAACCGGCGGGUGAGCAACCUGUACAACGGCCGGCCCCAGUAUCCCUACCCGGACUACUUCAACUACCAGCCGCACCAGAACCUCAUGUCCGACCAGACAGCCAGUGGCAGUCGCAUCCAGUUCGUGCCCUGCAUGUGCCCCGUGAGCGUUCCCGGCUUGGCCUCCUCCAACUCGCAGCCGGCGGCCACUUCCCCGCGCCCGGCCACCGCCUUCACCUCGCAGCCGGCGGCUCGCCACAUCGAGCGACAGGAUCUGGAAGCGGAUGCCGACAGCGAUGGCGGGGCAGAAGUUGAGAACGAGGCGGAGGAGGAGGAGGAGGAGGAGGUGGAGGUGGAGGAGGAGGGCGCCACCAGGGACCAGCCGGAAACGCAGGAGACGACCUCAGACAGUCCUGUUUAGUGGCCAGUAACUCUUCAUGGCAUCCAGCCAUUCCCCGACUGAUUGCUCGCUUGCAAGGAUGUCCCAGAAGUAUCUUUAAGUUUGCAGUUCAAAAUACCUCAAACGAAUAAGAUUGCAGCCUUCGGAUUGUCCCUGUAAAUAAGAGCAAACGCCUGCCAACCUCCAUUUUUUUUAAACAUUUCAAUUAGACGUGAAAAUAAACAGCAAAGCCUGGAAUAAUAAAAACAAUUUGCUUGAAUAGCAAAGGGAUCUUAUUUUUUGAGGGAAUUGAAUUUACGAAAAAAAAACAUUUAAAUAAUUAAGAAACAUUA